CACCAAACCGGUCGCUUGUAGACUGGCAUGAAUGCUUACCUGAAAGUAGGAGUAGCUGAGGGUGUGCAAGGGAGCGGUGGAAUCAUAUCGUAAUACUGUCUAUGGAUAAGACUUAUUUCGUGAAAUAACAACUUUCGAGGGAAAAGACUUUAACUGUUGGCCCUCGACAUGACGGGGUCGGCGUGGCUGCUGUUGUCAGCGUUAUUUGCAGGCUUGAUUGCCUCCAGUUAUCAACAAGCCAACGAUGCUCCCUUCUUCCUCACACUGCAAGGUGGCUCAGGUAUAGACGGUAACCUCCUGGACCGUCUCACUAGACAGGGUAUCCUGGAAAAUACACAGAUAGGUACAAGUGUGGGAGUGCUGUCCUGCCAGGAUCCUGACCCCACAGACUUUAUUGCUGGCUACGGGGUACAGAGUCAGACCCUGGAGGUGGAUGAGAGUACCGGCGAGGUCACCGUUAACCGACAAUUAGACAGAGAGAACUAUUUGAAAGAAUUUCAGAAUACAACAGGAGACAAUGCUCGUCUGCUCAAACCAGUGUUUACAUGCUGGGACAAUAGAGGCCUAACAGCAUCAGUAGAGGUUGACAUUACGUUAACAGAUGUUAACGAUGAAUCCCCUGAGUUUCUCAAUGGCCCAUAUAGCACGGGUGUGAAUGAGAAUGCUGGAGUGGGAACCACGAUAUUCAGCGGCGUAUCAGUACGUGAUGAAGAUAGUGCAGACAAUGCCCGUGUCAGAGUCGCAUGUUCUGGAACUGAUCUUGAGUCGCGGACAGCGUGUGAUGCAUUUACUGUCCAAACAACCCAGACUGGGGCAGGGAGAUAUAGGUCGUUCAUAGUUCUACAACGUCAACUUGACUUUGAGUCACGACGAAGUUACACCAUGACUCUGAAGGCAGUGGAUUUAGGAACUCCUGCUUUGACCACAUCUGUGAAUGUGCUGAUCAACGUGGCCGACACCCAGGACACUCUACCCGAAUUUGUCAAUGUUCCUCUCACGAUCUAUGUCAAGGAAAAUGUGCCACAGAACACAUCUGUGCAGCUGAAAAUUGGUGCUCGUGACGGAGAUCAGGGUAAUCCUAGACCAGUCAAGAUUAAGAUGAAGAAUGAUACUCGUGGCUUGUUCCGUCUUGGGCCAUCAGAGCCUGAUACUGUUGAUACAAGCAUCUACAGAGCUUCUGUCAUCGUCAACGCACCCAUUGAUCGAGAAACCCUUCUUGGCUCGUACAGGUUUGAAGUUGAGGCUGUGGAACUGGACAAUGGCACAGAAACAAAUGCUAGGCGGGACUCGUUUGUUCAAGUGGACAUCUUGGAUGAGAAUGACAACAUCCCCUCCUUCUCUCAAACCACGUACAACGUCUCUCUAGCGGAGAUAGACAGCAACGCCCAGAGCAACUUCCAGAUCCCAGACCUCAACAUACAGGUCAUAGACAGGGAUGAUCCCAGCAAUGCCAUGUACACAGUGGUAAUAGUUGAUCAGUCACAGAACACAUUUAAGAUCUUCCCAGAAGAUGAAGUGUCGGGAAAUGUGGCUGUCAACUUGCUUGUCAUCAACGCCACCCUGCUAGAUUAUGACAAACCAAGCCUGAGAACCCAGAGAGUGGUGCUUGAAGCUCGCGAGUCGAAUGUCAAUCCGAGAACCAGCACAGCAACGGUCAACAUAUUCCUGCAGGACCUGAAUGAUAACUCCCCUCAGUUUACUGCACCGCAGUAUGAAUUCACACUACCUGAGAAUGCACCAGUGGAGACCUCCAUCGCCACCAUAGAGGCUGUUGACAAAGAUGAAGGCCAGAAUGGAAAUGUCACGUACAGCCUACGAGGAACUGGAAAUGACCAAUUUACAAUCGAUGGAUACUCGGGGUACCUGAAGCUGAGCAAGCCACUGGACUAUGAGACGCAGAAGGUGUAUCAGAUUCUAGUCAAUGCCCAGGAUGAAGGCAGCCCUCCCCGCGAGACCUCAAGAACCCUCACGAUCAGAAUCACAAACAUUAACGAUGAGCGUCCAGUCCCAGAGAGAGCUCUUUAUCAGACAUAUGCACAGGAAACAUCCCUCGAACUCCGACCAGCUGUAGUGGUGCAGGCUCGUGACAAUGAAAACCCUUUUGGUAACAUCACAUACAGGAUCGUAGCAGGAAACACCCGUAACAACGCAUUCCGCGUGAACCAGGGUUCAGGCGAGCUCACACUUGUCAGCUAUAUCGACUAUGAUGAAACUCCCAGCAAUGGACGCUUUGAAGUGGUGAUCCAGGCUUCGGACAAUGGCAGCCCCCCACAGUAUGUCAACAUGACCGUCAGGGUGGAUGUACAGGAUGAGAAUAACAACUCACCCACCUUCAGGAGCGGAUCAUAUUUUGCCAACAUCACAGAAAUGGCCCCUACAGGUACGUCUGUUGUGUCUGUGAUUGCAACUGAUGCCGACAGCCGAAAGAAUGGAGAGUUCCGAUACACGAUUCAGUCAGGAGGACGGGAACAUUUUGACAUCAGCAACAGCAGUGGUUUGAUCACGGUCAGCAGCAAGGCCAAGUUUGACUACAACGUGUUCCCUGUCUACAGGAUGACUGUGUUUGCUAUUGACUCCGGUAGUCCUCCGAAGACGGGUACCACCAUUGUCACUGUCAACGUACAAGAUGCCAACAACAAGGCUCCCAAGUUCCAGCAACAGAUCUACGUCACCAGCAUCUCAGAAGCAUCUCCAAUCGGCAGCAGCGUGUUGGACACAACUGCUACAGAUGAAGACAGCACAAGCGAGCUGCGCUUCUCCAUCCCCACCAGCACCAUUCAGGCCCGCAACAGCGGUGGAAAAAUGAUCCUCUCACAGGUCUCCUUUAAUUUCCGGAAUGCAUUUGUAGUAGAUCCGAUCUCAGGACGAAUCACCACCAACACCACACUGCGGAGAGAUCUUGCUGCUGAGGUCUCCUUCAGUGUCCUUGUCAGAGAUCUCAAUGCUGAGGGGACAUUACAACAAACAGCCACAACUUCUGUUCUGGUGACAAUCCUGGGCACCAACAUCUCCACCAUCUACUUCACCCCGGCCAGGUACUACUUCUCCGUGACGGAGGGCAAGCAGGUCAACUACGUCAUCACCACCGUUGCUGCACGGGACCCUGCCUGUGGAAACUGUCUCCUCCACAAUUACGUGGAAGUGGAUAACAGCGAUCCCAACGGCUAUUUAAAAGUAGAUCGCUUCAGUGGCCAGGUUUCCCUGACAAGAGUUCUGGACUAUGAUGAUGGAGAUAGACGGCUGAAUAUUGAUAUCCAAGCUAUAUCUAACGACAGCCGGACAGCUCGCACUAGUGUCACUGUGGAAGUCCGAGAUGACAACGACCACAGUCCACAGUUCAGACUGCCUAGCUAUGACUUCACCGUGUCGGAGUCGUCUCGGUACCCGUUCCGUGUCGGGUAUGUGAAAGCAACAGACAAGGACAGUGGCAGCUUCGGACGUGUCGUGUACUCUCUCUCAGGGCAGGGGGCCCAAGACUUCGAGAUCUAUGAUACUGGUAUGAUCUUAGUAAGUCGGACAGCAAACCUGGACUAUGAGACAACUCGUACAUACAACCUUCUGAUAACUGCAUCUGACAAUCCUACCAAUCAGUCGUCAACUGUCAGGAAGCAGACGUCAGUUACGCUGACCAUCACAGUGUUGGAUGUGAAUGACCAGGUUCCCCAGUUCAGCGCCAUCUACCCCUUCUAUGUUGUGGAGAAUUACAAAAUCGGGCAGAGUGUCGGACGUAUCAUAGCAACAGAUGGGGAUGCUGGAACCAAUGGAGAUAUAGUUUAUUCUAUGACUGAUUCCUCAAACCUGUUCCGGAUCACCAACACUGGGUACAUCUUGACCCAGCGUUCCCUGCGCGACCAGUCCCCGUACAGCCCCUUCAAUGUGACGGUCCGAGCGGAGGACAGAGGCAUCCCAUCUCUGUACAACGAGACCCAGGUGAUCAUCAACAUCCGCAGCGGUCAGCUUGAUGAUGGCCGUCCCCAGUGGAGCAUACCACGACUGGGAGAUCCAUACUAUAUAGAUGAGGGUACAUCAGAGGAGCAGUUAGUCCUGGUCGCACAAGCAGUAGCACGCUCCGUUGGGCCGGAGGUCAUCUUCAGCCUGAAUUCUGCGAGUCCACAGUAUGAAAAGUUCAAGAUUAACAGCACCACAGGGAGACUCACAACUAAUGCGGUGUUCGACAGGGAGGAAACCGCUAUCAUACAGCUCAUCCUGGUUGCGACAGACAGGGCCAACACAACGCUACAGAGUUUCCGGGCACUGACGAUCUAUGUCCGAGAUAAAAAUGACAAUGUGCCAGAAUUCGGGGCAUGCCCAGGCCUCUCGCUUGAGGUACCCCUUAGGGUUACGAUAUCUGAGGACACGCCAGUAAUGACCUCCGUGUACAAGGUCAGAGCGUGUGAUCUGGAUGCGAUCAUCAAUGGCGUGACGUAUGAAUUAGAGACAAAUAUUCCAUUGUGUCAAAGACAAAGUACUGGAAGCUUCACCGUUGACAGCCAGGGUGUCAUAUAUACUGACAAGUCUCUUGACAGGGAGGCCAAUGCCACCCACCUUGUGUGUGUUAGAGCCAAGGUGGCACAGCGGAGGAAGCGGCAAGCAUCCGUCUACCCUGUUGAUCAGAUGACGGAUACGUCUCAUGUUGCAUAUGUGAUUGUCACACUCAGCGAUGUCAAUGAUAACAGUCCCAAGUUUCUGAAGAAGGUGUUACAUGAAGUUGUGCCAUCGGUGCCCACUGAGAGGACAGUGGUUCGAGUGGAGGCCAUAGACUCGGACAGCGAUCGGUUCAAUCGAGUCCGCUACAGCAUAACAGGGAUUGUGUUCAGCGAAACCGGCUACCCCAGCUAUCCCCUGCUUGGCUCCUUCAUCGUCAGCCCCGACACUGGCACUGUCAGCACCAACUACCCCUCCUACAGCGAAUACAGCCUCCCCGGCAGCUUCUUCGAGGUCACACUACAGGCGGAGGAUGUGGACAAACCUGUGUUGAAGGAUACCAUGAAACUAUAUGUCUACGUCUUCGAGCCAGCCCAGACAAUGCGGGUUGUAAUCGAUGAAACACCAAACCAAGCCCGCAACAAGAUGGACAGUCUACUCACAGAGCUGAAUGGUGUGAGUAGUAACUCCUAUUUCAAGGUUCAGCAGAUUUCCUACCACAGAGGCGUCACAGAUAACGACUCCACCAAGACAGAUUUGUGUUUUGUGGUGGUAUCCCAGGACAAGGUUCAGAGUGUGAGGGAUGGGUCCACCACCCUGGACAGCGCCAGCUAUGUUAAAGUCCUGCAGAAGUAUGGUGCUCGAAGCCCGGGGUCCUGCUAUAAGGCGCGGUCAUCCCUGGACAAGAUCAGCUGGGCACCAUUGUGGUGGACGCUAGUCGCCUUGGCCAUCUUCAUCUUCAUCUGCUGCUGCAUCCUCAUCGGCGCCAUCUGCAUUCUGUAUAAAAAUCAUAAAGAUUUCAUGGAUUCACAACAGACACGAAUGGACCCGAUGUAAUACCGUCUCAGGGAAUGCGACAGACCAACAUUGCGAAAAACAAAUAUCAGCCUGAUGCUCAGUGAUUCAGGAAGAAAACUACUCUGGAUUAGUGUUUACGUACAUGCCUCACUCAUACAGACCAGGGUGAUAUAUAUAAAUAACCUGACACAUGUAUUGGGGAUUACUGGAGUUAUCACAUGCGACUCAGGUGCUUCGAGUUUUCAGAUUCAGUGGCCACAUUGUCACGAGAAAAAACAUGAACAUUCUUUCAGAGUAAUGCAAAAAUUGUCAAAACAGUCUUUGUCUGGCACGCCAUAAACAGUACUGCCAGCAUGUGUCAAGGAUAUAAUAGCUUUUAUAUGUGAUAUAACAGAAAAA